UCAGCCACCUUGCGGGGCUCGUCACCAAACUUCCGGAGCCACAAAAGCCUUCGUAAAACUAUUUCUGGAUCACUCGACCCGAGUCUAUUCAAAACUCAUCGGUGAAACACCGGGGGAAACAGCACUCCGAACGUUGUUGCUCGUGGUUUACGUCGAGCUAAAACUCCUCAAGACAAAGAGUGAAAACCAGCAGCUGCUUUUCAUCGUGGCGAACGCCGAGUUCAUCCGAUCAAAAACCAGCGACGGUUGGUGAGAACUGAGGGGAGGAUUGUUGCAGGGAAAUGAGCGAGAAACCAGCGGGGUCAACCAGCAGACAUUCAGAGGGUCUACUGUGGUGUGGGAACAGUUCAUACGCCGAGGAAAUUGUGUUUUUUACACUCGGAACAGUAUUUUUAUUCUAAUUUGGCAAAUUACUCAAGGAAAGAACGUUCUACCGAAACGCCUAACUGACCGCUCGGCAGUGCGCACGCGUAGGAAAAAUAACUGUCGGCAUGGCGACCCGGCGGAUUGGUGUCGGCCAGGAACCGCGGCCGUCCAGAAUCAUCCAGAAAGCGCAGUUAAUCUAUAAACUGUACUUGCUGGAAAAGGCUCGAAAUAAACUGGAGGAAGAACUUCGCGACUUCACAAACCAGGCCUAUGAAGAUGCACAUGGUGUCCUCAACUCAUCUGUUCCAAACCCUGUGUUCAAAGAUGUCAUAAAUGCUCUGGACAGAAAGUGCAACGAAAUUGUGAAGCUCUCAGCUUUAUUAAAGAAUUAUAAAGCUGACUACCAAUCAUUUGAUAGGGUUAGCUUCAACUACUUUCAGCCACUCAAAGCCGCUCUGUCCCACCAGCAGCUUAAAGUUUCUCUUGAUUCCCUGCCCCCUUUAAAGCAACAAGAUGGUGGCAAGUCAUCAGACUUGGUCAGCACUCCUCUAACUCCAAGCUCCUCCUGUUUAAAGUCGGAAGAGGAAAAGGCCCUGUCUGAAGAUAAAAACAAAGAAGUCUCCAUACACAUCCCAGCUGCCAUUAUUCAGAGCAAUGUGGCAAGUGAAGAGAAGUCAGAAGUCCUACUACCUCCUAUUCAAGAUGCAUUCUCAGAGAAGUCACAGUGCAACCUGAAGACUCAAGUAAUCUGGGGCCAUGGCGAUGACGUCCAGGUGCUACACCAAAAGCAAACUUCCUCCCAACUGCUGCGCUUUCUCAAAGAGAAAGCUACAACCAAGAGUUCACUCAAGGUCACUUUUUUGGAGCAGACUAAAAGCAAAUGCAAGGCAAACAAUUCAGGGUCUCUCCUGUGGACGUCACCUACCGUCAAAACAAAAAGCUAUCAAUUCAGACAUGUUGUGACAGAUGACUCUGUGGACGAGCAAGGUCCUAAAACGUUGCACGCAAACGUUAACCAUGCUCCGGUUUUCCAAGUGAAAAGAGUCCACUCCUGCGGAUCUUUGAUCUACAGUUGCGUCAUUGCCACGGAAACUGAAUUGUGGGAUAUAGGAGACAUCUUAACAGAAGGAUCUGUUCAUAGCACUGCUUUGGAUACUAAGAAAUGGCAACAAGGAUUUGCUGAGGUGGAGAACUCUAGUAUCAGUAUAGAAUUAAAACCCCAAACUCUGGAGCACACGCAACCCCGACUCGAAAAAAACAACUCGGAUCACCCAGGUCGGCUGGCGGCUGAUAUUGUAGACAUUCCCGAAUUUGAGAUCCGGAAGUUUGAAGAGACUGAAGUGAUUGUGUCUCAUGUUGUCAGCCCCAGCCACUUCUACAUCCAACAUGCAGACUCCCAUAAGAAACUGGAGGUUCUUUUUACAGACCUUAAAGUCAGUCAUUUAUGUGCUGAGCAGAACUGCAUCCCAGACAUCGGCACUCAGGUCAUCUGCUGGUCUCCACAAAAGGAGCAGUGGUUCCGGGCUCAGGUGGCUGGGAUUUCUGGAGUGAGCAGUAAUGGAACUGGGAAAAAGUCAUCCAUAAACGUGGAGGUGAACAGGUUGGACUACGGUGACAGUUCCUGUGUGUCACUCUGUAAUAUUAAGCCGCUUUCCUCAGAAAUGGCGGCGCUUCCACGUCAGGCUUUGCAGGUUUCUAUGGCACAUGUGAAGCCCAUUAAUUGCACAGAUUGGACUGAGGAGGCGGUGGGUUGGUUCAGAGCAAUGGUACAUGACAGGACGCUGUAUGCCAGAAUGUAUCCACAGGGGUCCACUGUUACAGUUGAGCUGUUUCUGGAGAAGGGCAAACUUGGAGCAAUGAGGAGGGGUGCAUCUCUGUCUUUGAGAUUAGCCCAAAAUGGACAUGCAAGGCACAGCAAAGUGAAGAACAAUUGUCUUCUGAAAAAAAGUGCUAUUCAACGUAAAAUGAAGGAACAAGAGUCUGAAUGGGAAAAAUAUCUCAUCUCAUGCUACUCUCAAAAUAAAAAACCUGGAUCGAAGAUGAACUGGGGAACCUUUUAUGCCGUGAUCAGCGGUGUAAACAGGCAUUCCACUGGCAUCGGUCGCAUUUGGCUCUCCGUCAUCUUCAUCUUCCGCAUCCUGGUGCUGGUGGUUGCCGCCGAGAGCGUUUGGGGUGAUGAGAAGUCCGGCUUCACCUGCAACACCCAGCAGCCCGGCUGCAACAGCGUCUGCUACGACCAGUUCUUCCCAAUCUCGCACAUCCGGCUGUGGGCUCUCCAGCUCAUCCUGGUGUCCACCCCGGCGCUGCUGGUGGCCAUGCACGUGGCCCACAGGCGACAUGUCGACAAGAAGGCCCUGAAAAGGUCGGGCCGCGGCAGCCCCAAGGAGCUGGAGCACAUCAAGAACCAGAAGUUUCAGAUCACAGGAGCUCUUUGGUGGACAUACAUGAUCAGCAUCAUCUUCAGACUCAUCUUUGAGGUGGCGUUCCUCUACGUCUUCUACUUGAUCUAUCCUGACUUUAAAAUGGUGCGUCUGGUGAAAUGUGACUCAUACCCUUGCCCCAACACGGUGGACUGCUUCGUCUCCAGACCAACAGAAAAGACUAUAUUCACAGUGUUCAUGCUGACCGUGUCCGGGGUCUGCGUGCUGCUCAACCUGGCCGAGGUGGUUUACCUCAUUGCGAGGGCCUGCAAACGGUGCACGAGUCGCCCCGAGGACGAGGCUAAAGCGGCUUGGAUAACUCAAAGGCUGUCUUCAUACAGACAAAAUGAAAUCAAUCAGCUGAUAGCAGAUCAUUCGCUCAAGUCAAAGCUAACAGUCGCCAAAAAGAGCCCGACUGAAAAGGGUGAGAGAUGUUCUGCCUUCUGAAGCUUCGUCAAACUAAUAAAUCAUCCCUGUAAUAUGUAUUCUCUGCAUUAAUGACACCUUAACUGUAUAUUUGUUGAUUUUACAAUUUAUUUAUAUAAAUGUAUAAUAAAAUCAUUUACUUGUUUCCUUUU